GCGCAACCCCCUGUACGUCCGGAUAUCAGUCCGUGUCGAAGGUUUGAAGAGUUUUGUUUACAAAAUGGAAGAAUUUAAAGCCUGCGAUUUGGACUAUUUUCCUGAAAACAUUUUAAUCGACGUGCUGUCGUUUCUGAGCGUACGCGAGCUCGUCAGAGCUGGAAGAGUAUGUAAGAGGUGGAAACGCCUUGUUAAAGAUCAGAGAUUGUGGAGGUUUGUCGACCUGACCGCGUGGAAAGGAGUGACAUCCCGCAUACUUUGGGUCCUGCUGCGUCAGUACCUGGGUUGUGGACUAAGGUGCCUACGGUUGCGUGGUUUGCUGCUCUCUGCCCGAGGCGGCACCUUUCUCUCUGAGUCUUGGCUGAAAGCUUUGGCCACAAAGUGCCCUCGCCUGAGUAAGCUCUAUCUUCUGCACACAGACCUGAGAACUCUGUCCAGUUCCCAGCUCCUACCUUCAUCUUUGCAGGUGCUGGAACUGUGUGGUUGUGAGCUUCCACGUGGCUUUUUCAACCAAACACUGCCCACUUCACCUGCCCAAGAAAGAGCAGAAGCCACAUCUAGUGUUGGUGCUCAACACCAAGGGCGGGGUCAGAAAAGAAAACAGCUUAGCUCUCCAUCAGGAAUUCCUAUUCAGACCUUAGUCCUUAACAAUGUGCCCUCUUUCACGGACCAGCACCUGCAGAGUCUGACAUCAUGGGAGAGACUCAGUCGACUAGAGCUGCGUGACACCUUUCGUGUGACAGCCAAUGGGCUCAGGAGCUGUGCUGCCAAAGAUGGUGUUGGUGGUGUGGAAGGGCUAUCCAGGCUUAAGUUUCUGGAAAUAGGCAUCACUGGCCGGCAGGGCUACCAGUUACAGAUGGCCUCCCUGGGUCUGGGGGCAGGUUGGCUUGGACUGGAGGAACUGAGCCUGGGUGGUAAAGAGGUGGGGCCAGGUUUACUUUGUGCCAGCCGUCUGAAGGACCUGAAGCGACUGUGCCUGUGGGCCUGCACCCUCAGCGAGAUGCAGAUAGUCCGCAGCUGCCGGCUGCUCCGUGGACUCCGUCAGCUAGAGUUUUUGGACGUGGUCUUCCAGCCUCGUCAGUGUCCUCCAGUAGUGGAAGGGGAGGGUGGUGCUGAAGAGGAGCAGAAUGGUGAGGAAGCUGCUGAAGCAGGAGAUAACAGCAACGAUGACAGUGAGACACUGGAUCCCAUUCCAAGUCUGCGUCGCUCACUGGCUGUCCUGUUACCAUCCUGUACUCUAGUUUUCACCAACUGCUCUGUUCAGAUUAAUGCAGACUAAAUGACAUCUCCACUUCUGUAGAAAAAAUACAAGUGGCUCCAGUUAGAUUGAAACUAGAUUCACACUCUCACAAGACUGUAAUUUUAUACAGCAUUACUGUUUUAACCAUUAGUUUUUAUUAUUGUUUCAUACAAAUAAGUAUACCUAUCCAUCAUUGGCUUACAAGGUAUUCAAAUUUCAUAUGAGACAGUUUUCUCCUUUUACAUAUUGUUUACAAUAUGUAAAAGGAAUGUCUUGCCAAUGUCUGACAAUCUCAGACAUUGGCAUCAUUAAAUAAAAAUACCCUCACAAAUCUAGUGUAAAAAUGGUCCAAUCAAUUUAUAAUCAUAUUGUCAGAUUUGACAUCAAUUUUACUUCCUACCAAUUGCCAUUUUUUAAAUAUUUUAGCCAGAAAAAACAAUACUUGAUCUUAACUGUGCAACUUAAAAACUUUGAUUGUUAGUUACUGUGAUGGAGCAUAAGAUCCAUGCCCACUGUCUGGUAAUUUGAGGUGUCCAUAAAACCAUUCCUGGACAAUUUUUGUAGUGUGGCACAUUAUCUGGGCGAAAGAAGUGACCAGCUUUGCCAUAAUGUGAUGUUUUUAGUCUGCAGUAAUGGUUAGGUUAGUGUUAUGUGUCAAAGUCACGUCCACAUGAAUGCCUGGACCUAAAAUGUCUGGGAAUAACUUACCCAGAAUAUCACACUGACUAUGUUGUCUUGUUUUCUUCCUAUAGUGCACCCUUUUGCCAUAUUUUCUGCAGAUACAUGCGUAACACACACCUGACUGCCCACAUGAUGUAAAACAAAACAAGGCCACCUGCUCACAUUCCAAUUUAAGUGCUUACUGUGGUGGGCAUUGGUCAGCACCUGACUGGCGUAAAGCUACGCUGACCCAUACACGGCAAAUUGGCAAUGUGCUGUGUAUUGUGACUGCUUUUUGUCGUCGCAAACUGAGAUUUUCACACAGCAAUUUCAGAAAUUUAUUGGGAUUUGGACUUCACAGGCCUGUCUGUCUCUUUUAAAAACAUGAUUUUAUUUAUAACAAAACAUGCCCAGUGUCUUUGAAUUACAUUUUUGACUUCCAAAACAAAUUGCUCAUAUGAAAAAGCCUAGAACUUGUAAACUAAUAUGGAAGUUUUAAGUUUUGUUUUGUUUUGUGUUUUUUUUGCAUACCCUUUUAAACUCAGUCACAUCCACACGAUAUUGAACUGUCACUGCCACACUAAAUACAAAAGCAGGUGUCAGCUACAACAGUAUAGAUUUGAAACUCGCAAUGAUGCAGCUGUUUCCUGUUCUCUUAUCUAUGUUCAGAAAACAGUUAAAUUGUCACAAGCAGGUGUUUGGUUUUAGUGAUACAGAAAAAACCCAGUAUGCUUUACAUGCUAUGUAGGAAUAAUUAAACGAGAAAUGUAAAUUGUAGAGGUCUGUUGAUUGUAUAAAGGACGCAGACAGUUAUGAAGAAGGUAGAAUUUUUAAAGACAAAACUCUUUUGAAUAAAUCUAUUUUCAACAAACAAAGAAGGUUGUAUUAUUCCUCUUGUAUAUUGGAAUUCAAAUGAAUUGCAUAAUAUACUAACAUCAUUAAAGGUCUUUGUUUUGUCAACCAAA